CUUCUGGCCAUAAUCUUAAAUUUCCAGUGAAAAAAACGGAGGCCAACUUCUUCACGAGAGUCAACAGGCGGCGCUUUUUCAGUGGGAUGUUGCACAGUUUACUAUGGGCGCGUAGUGUAAAUGUCUGUGGGACGUAAGACAUAAAUAACCCACUGCUGCAAACUUGAACAUGUGGGUGCGCCCCCACACGUACACGUGUGUAGUAUACUGAGGGCACGGUGGUCGCUUUAAUCCGUUUAUUUUCGCGACUUCACGCAGUGUCGGCAAGAAAAUAGUCUGAGAAAUCGGUGGCACACCUACGUGAUAUGGAAUUUGGAUAUGGUCAGAAACAUGGCUAUGUAAAAACACUGCACACUCAUCAGUGUGAAGUCACCGACUUGGUCUGGAAUCAACUUGCUCCGGGUCAACUCUGUCUCAGGUUAACUUGGUCCCAAGUCAACUCAGUCUUGUCAACUCUGGAAGCAAUCCCGGCAGGAGGAAUUUCUGUUGUGUUUGCUGCAUCAGAGGCUCUGCUAAAAAAUGCUGACCAACCAAAGAGGGCGCUAUUACCAUUCCAUGAAGUCUACUACAUCACACAAUGGGCCGUAAAGGACCUGGGCAAGGUGCUGACCAAAGUUUGCUUUUUCAGUGUCGUGAGACUUCCGUACUCUGUAGCAGAAGUUUUUGUUUUGAUGCCAGAAAAUAGCCAAAUGAAAUGAUGCUCAUUUUUUGCGAGGCGAAUACCAUUUGUUUAAAUUAUUAAUCACUACAUAUGAUCCUUUGAUCUUUUGAGUAGCGUACAAAUGCUGAUUGACUUGCUCCUUUACUAAGGUGGAAGCAAGGAACUGCAUCUCUGAGAAGAUUGAGUCCUUUCCUUGCCUUUUUGUGAAUCAAUGCCUAAGAUUCUGAUGAGGAUCCCUCAUGCAAUCUUGGAAACUGUUCCUUCUCAGUGAUGGAGGAUAGACUGGCAUCUAUCUGAGUUACUUCCUCUCCUUGACAUUCUCAUGAAUUAUCUCUGUGAAUUCCCAUAGUAUCUUGUCCUCCAUCUUCCGUCUCUCCAGGUUGAAGGAGGGGAGGGCGCUCUUCUCAUCAGCAUCAUGGUCUGCUUCUCCUGGGGCAUACCCACAGCCUUCAUAUGAGGAGGCCUGGGGAAGAAAUUAAUCACGAAAGCAACUAAGUUGCAGCAGAAAUUGAGCCAUUUCUUCCAAAAAUAUAGGAUCCUUGUACGCUCCUUGUUUUUACACUUUUUAAAAUAAAAAACUAUUAGUGUCUAUUGCUUUUCUUCCAUUUUCAUGUCAGAAAAUGAACUAUGACAAGAGGAUUCCUUGGGCACUGCUGGCCCAUUACUUCUGAAAGCAUUUGUGAUUUGAACUCUUUGUUAAAUAUAUUUUCCAGACACCCCUUUAGGGUUUAGUGAAUCAAAAAGUGACUUUUUAAACACUUAAAACUCUUUCCUUUUUCCUAACAAGUGAGGGCGCUGUUUUACAGCAAUACUGUAACGUCAAUCAGGGAAGACCACAAACCUAAAAUAUCUAUGGACCAACAGCUCUUAUAGAAAUCAAUGAUUUCAAAAGUGUGGGCAGAAAAAUUUCAACAGUCUGCACAAGUCUGUUGAGUUGGACACAAACGGAAAUUUUAGAUGGUGAAUGAAAAUAUUGUUAAGUGUUUACAACAUGGCCCCUUUUUGUGUUUGGGUUCAAUAUUUGUCAAAAUCAAGGUAGAUCGUUCUUUAAAUAAGAGCUUUUAACACUUAAAUUUUUGUAUAUAUUCAUUGCUCACCUUCAAAAAGCCUGAAAAAAUCCCCAUAAUGUAUGUGAUUAUAA